AUGACAAUCCCUGCAUUCCAAGGUAAAAAUGAUCCUGAAUUAUAUUUAGAGUGGGAGAGAAAGGUUGAACAUGUGUUUGAAUGUCAUAAUUAUUCCGAGGAGAAGAGGGUUAAACUAGCCAUUGUUGAGUUCCAUGAUUAUGCUAGUAUUUGGUGGGAUCAAAUGGUGACUAGUAGACAUAGAAAUGGAGAGAGGCCUAUUGGUACAUUGGAUGAGAUGAAGGCUGUCAUGAGAAAAAGGUUUGUACCCAGCCACUACUAUAGAGAUUUGCACAGAAAAUUGCAAAGUCUAACUCAAGGCUCCAUGAGUGUGGAAGAUUACUAUAAGGAGAUGGAAAUAGCCAUGAUUAGAGCCAAUGUUGAAGAAGACCGAGAGGCAACUAUGGCUAGAUUCAUUGGAGGUUUAAAGAAGGAGAUAGCUGAUGUGGUAGAAUUGCAACAUUAUAUAGAGAUGGAGGAUUUGCUGCACAAAGCUAUUCUAGUGGAAAGGCAAUUGAAAGCUAAGAGUACUUCCAAAUUUACUACUAGUUCCUCAUGGAAAUCGAAUUGGCAAAACAACAAAUCUGUGUCAAAGCCAAAAGAAGAUGCAAAGGCCAAAAAUUCGAUUGCUGCACCUAAAGGUAAAAUGGAAACUAAUUCAUCCUCUAGAUCUCGUGAUAUGAAAUGUUUCAGGUGUCAAGGAGUUGGACAUAUUGCUUCUCAAUGUCCAAAUAAAAGAGCCAUGAUACUGCUAGAUAAUGGAGACAUAGAGAGUGUGAGCUCAAGUGAUGAUGACAUGCCACCAUUGGAGGAUUGUAGUGAUGUUGAAGUUGCUGAACCUGUUGUUGGAGAUGUGCUUGUCACUAGGCGUGCUCUCAACAUGCAACCUAAGGCGGGUGGUAAUGAGGAGCAACGUGAGCAUAUAUUUCAUACAAGAUGCCAUAUAAACGACAAGGAAUUUGGUGAUAUUUUUUCAGAAGAAAUUCCCCAUGGAUUACCUCCUACAAGAGGUAUUGAGCAUCAGAUUGACUUAAUUCCAGGUUCUUCAAUCCCAAAUAGACCAGCCUACAGAACAAGUCCAGAGGAAGCAAAAGAAAUUCAAAGCUCGAAAGGAAUAAGUGUGGAUGAGGAGAAGGUAAGGCCAAUUAGAGAAUGGCCUACACCUAAGAAUGCAAAUGAGUGGAAUGAUGUGCAUGAGGGAGCUUUUAAUUCAUUAAAGGAAAAAUUGACCAAUGCACCUUUGCUUUGUUUGCCUAAUUUUGAUAAAGCUUUUGAAAUUGAAUGUGAUGCAUCUAGUGUUGGUAUAGGGGCCGUACUAAUGCAGGACUCUAAACCAAUUGCUUACUUUAGUGAAAAGCUUAAUGGGGCAUCAUUGAAUUAUUCCAUGUAUGACAAAGAAUUGUACGCUCUGGUGAGAGCUUUGCAAACUUGGCAACACUACUUGUGGUCAAGGGAAUUCAUAAUUCAUUUUGACCAUCAAAGCUUGAAGUUUCUAAGAUCUCAAGAUAAGCUUCAAAAAAGACAUGCCAAGUGGUUGGAAUUCAUUGAGAUGUUUCCUUAUGUAAUCAAGUACAAGAAUGGUAAGGAAAACAAAGUGGCUGAUGCAUUGUCCAGAAGGUAUGCAUUGCUUACUUCUUUGCAAACUAAAUUACUUGGUUUUGAGUUUAUAAAGGACUUAUAUGCUGAUGAUUCUGACUUUGGCCAAUUAGAGAAAGUCAUGGUGGUGGAUUGA